AUGAAGGACGUUGACUACGAGAUCGUGAAUUCCGUCCCACCAGAUGAUCGCAUUUGGCUGGAGUGGAAAACGCUAGUUGAGAAUGAGGGAUGGACUUCAGAUGAUCUCAGUGUAUUGACUCUCACACCUUCACUUCCGUCUACGAGAAUUGUACUGGCCCGGAAGAAGGAAGAUGGAAGUUUCAUUGGCACCGUUGUCUGGAACGAAUACGACAACGUCGCUUUUAUUGGUUUUUAUUUAAUGAUGCCCGAAUAUCGUGGGAAAGGUGUUGGUUCUAUUAUCUGGAGGCGAGCAAUGGAGCGGAUACCUAAGGACUAUACGAUUGGUUUGAGAGCAGUUCCUUACAUGGCACCUCGCUAUAAAUCUCGGGACACACCCAUCGAGGGACCCUAUCAGUAUUCCUAUGGGAUGGAAUGGAAAACGCUUUCAGCAGUAGCCGAGAAGCAUGGAACCAGCAAUCGCAUUGUCAAGAUGGUCCGUGACCUCGACAAAGACGAGUACAAGCAACUGGAGAAGUUCGACUUCUCCGUUGUUAACCGUGAUCGUAGCGAUUUUUUGCGUCAUUUUCACAAUCUGUCCUUCACUUCUGGAGCCGUACUUUUCAAUGAGGAAAAGCAAAUUGUAGCCUGUGCAUACGUCUGUCCAACAUCUCUCGCCUCAAGUCAUCUCUUUAAAUUAGCACCUCUUUAUGCAUCCAACGUUGAGGACGCUUUCACAGUUAUUCGACCUCUUAUUGAAGAAGUUAAAACUCGAGAUCCCGAGGCACGCUUUCUUUUUCACGUCCUUAGCGACACUGCUGGUUCUCGACUUCUUAUCCCUUUGUUCAAAUUAAUGAACAUACCAGAGAAAUUUUGUGGGGUCACUUUAUACAGUAGACAUUACGAUAAUCCUAUAGACAAACAACGAAUGAAGCAGUGCGAGUACGAAAUAUGCAAUUAUGUUUCGCCAGACGAUCCCUCAUGGAUCGAGUGGAAAAACAGCAUUAAAGCUGAGGGUUGGAUCAACUGUGGUGACGAAAGCUCUCUUGCUAUCCUACCCAGCUUCUCAAGCACUAAAGUGGUGUUAGCAAGAAAUAAAGCAGAUGGGAAUUUUAUUGGUUCUGUUGUAUGGAAUGAGAACGAUAACAUGGCAUACAUUGGAUACUACAUUGUCCAACCGAUGUACAGAGGUCUCGGUAUUGUAGAAUAUAUGGCACCACGAUACAAGAAGACGGACACUCCAAUCGAGGGGCCGAUAAUUAAAUCACAGCGGAUUCGAGUCCAAGAUCUUGUGGACAUCGCAAAGCCACGGCUAUUAACUCACUUAUCCACGAAACUUGUUAGCACCCUUAGCCCUGAACAGUAUCAAGCUAUGUUGGAUUACGAUGCUGACAUAACCGGUCGAAAUCGUUCGGAACUGAUACGUCAACACUUCGAUCUAAAUUUCACUGAGGGUGCUGUUGCUCUUGGAAAGGAAAAUGACGUCAUUGCCUUCGCCUCGGUAACACCAACUGGCACUCCUAACAGUCAUCUCUACAAAAUGGCUCCCAUAUACGCUCAAGGACUUGCCGAGGCAUUCACAGCGAUCUAUCCACUGCUCAAGGAGAUCGAAGCGAAGGACGCUGACGCUAUCAUUGUGAUCAACACGUGGAGUUCCUCAGUCGGCGAACAACUUCUAUGGCCUCUUAUCGAAAAGAAGAGCAUCUUCUCAAAAACUGGUGCCUACGUGUUAUUUAGCAAACCAUACAAAAAUCCUACAGAUUUCUCAAGACUGUUUGCUGGUCACAGUCAUGCGGCACAUUGGGAAGCAUGA